CAACCCCUGGUGUCCCCCUCCAUCAAACGCUCAUCCACUCUGGAUUGAGGAAGACAGCCAGCCACCAUGAAGACUGCUCUGGCCCUGCUCGCCCUCAUCUCUCUUGCUUGCCACAGCAAUGCUUUAAAGUGUCACACAUGCGUGGCAUCCAGCGAGGACGACUGCAACCGACAGGGAUCUACUUCCUGUCCUCAGUACGCUGAUGCCUGCUCUACCAUCACAGGGCCAAACACUGUGAUGAAGUCAUGCUCAUAUAAAGCCUUCUGUGACAAGGCGCACAGCAGCAGCUCUGGAGCCAAGAUGGAGUGUUGCUACGGCGAUGAUUGCAACGGGCCCCAUCGGAGUCACAGCCACGGGAAUCAAGGCAAAGCUUUAGCAUCCAGCCCAGUCUUGCUGACCACAGUCCUGCUGCUGCGCGUGGCCUUUAGUCAGCUGUGAAGUCCUCAACCUCAUGGUCCUCCACUGAUUCCUUAACAGUAACUGUAUAUUCAAGUUCAAAAGAGGAUUUGAGUUCUUGCCGUUUGAGAAUGGGGUGAAAUCAAAACAAACAUGAUCCUGAUUGCCGUGGUGGUAUGGGAGAGAAGCACAGUUUUUGUCCCACAAAUACAAGCUGCAUUUCAGCAAAUUCCUGUAUUUGAAUCUUUUUAUCACCUGAAACUUGAAUUGUAUUUUCUAAAGUGGUAUGUAUGACUUCAGAUGUCAUAAUGAUGCACAAAAAAUGUGUAAGUAUUUGUGGUGAAUGUAUGAAAAUGUGAUUUUGGUGCAUGCUCCAGUACACUAUUUUCUUUAUACAGUAGCACUGUAUUAUACCUUGUAUCAUUGCUGUGGUAAUUUGUUCAUUUUUGUGCUUUCAAUCUCUUUUGAAUAAAGGUAUGGUCACAUGUACAGUAA